GAAGCGGCGCGGUCGCCAUGGCGACGGCCCCGCCUGGAGCGGCGGCGGGCGCGGCCCGAGGGAGCGGCGGCGACACCGAGGGGACAAACCGGGGACAAACCGGGGACAAACCGGGGACAGCGAGGCGACAGCGGCCGGAUCCAUCUCCACGACCAUCUUGGACCUCCUAAAAGUUGGAAAAAAAACCAGGAUAAUCCCAAAAUUCCUGGAAUUUCCCCACCCACCCUCGGGAGAUGCUCCCCAACCUCUUCCCGUCUCCAGAACCUCGAGGCUAAGAGGAUAAAACCCCUCGCGGCGGCGGCGGUGACGGUGAUGCCACAUCUCGCCGCCGUCUCCCCACGAUGGCCGAGCACCAGGAGCUGCUGGCCGAGAUGGCGGCGCUCUCCCGGCUCAGCGCGCCGGAGCGGCUCCGGCGCGCCCAGAAACGCCGCGCCCAGCAGCUGAAGAGAUGGGCCCAGGCCGAGAGGGAGGCGCCGGCGACGCCCAACGCGGCGGCCGAGAGGAGGAGGAGGAGGAGGACGAGGAGGAGGAAGAGGGUGACGUUCCCGGCCAGCGUGCGGCUGCUGGAGGCGGCCGGGCGGCACGACGUCGAGGAAGUCCGGCAGUUCCUGGAGAGCGGGAUGAGCCCCGACCUGUGCAACGAGGACGGGCUGACGGCGCUGCACCAGAGCUGCAUCGACGGCUCUCUGGCGCUGGCGCGGCUGCUGCUGGAGGCGGGCGCGGCGGUGGACGCGCGGGACGCGGAGCUCUGGACGCCGCUGCACGCCGCCGCCACCUGCGGCCACCUGCGCCUGGCGCAGCUGCUGCUGCAGCGCGGCGCGGACCUGCUGGCGCUGAACUCGGACGGGGACAUGCCCUACGACCUGUGCGAGGACGAGGCCACGCUGGAGUGCCUGGAGAGCGCCAUGGCGCAGCGGGGCAUCACCCAGGAGCGCAUCGAGGAGGCGCGGGCGGCCACGGAGCGCGCCAUGCUGCGCGAGAUCCGGCAGCUGCUGCGGCACGGCGCGCCGCUGGACACACCAAGGGGACACUGCGGGGCCACCCUGCUGCACGUGGCCGCUGCCCACGGGUUCCGCGCGGCGGCCGAGCUGCUGCUGCGGCACCGCGCCCGCGCCGACGCCCGCGACGCCGACGGCUGGCAGCCGCUGCACGCCGCCGCCUGCUGGGGACAGGUGGCGCUGGCCGAGCUGCUGGUGGCUCACGGCGCCGACCUGGGCGCCAGGUCGCUGCAGGACGAGACGCCGCUGGACGUGUGCGGAGACGAGGAGGCGCGGGCCCGGCUGCUGGAGCUGCAGCAGCGGCGCGCGGCGGCGCAGAGGGCGCGGCACGGGCGGGAGAGGCUGCAGCGCAGGGCGUCCGGCGCCGGCAGCCGCGGGUCAGCCACGCGUGUGUGCGCGUGGUGCGGCGCUGCAGCCUCUCGGAGCGCUCGAGCCGCUACCGGCGGCAGCUGCAGCGUGAGGCCAUCGAGGCCAUCGUCUGGGGACAGCGCGGGGACACCGCGGACACCGGGGACACCGACACCGCGGACACCGCCACCGGGGACACCGCGGACACCGAGGGGACCGGGGACACCGAGGGCACCGAGGGGACACAGGGGACCGCCACCGACACCGCUGAGGGGACAGACAUCGAGGGGACCGAGGGCACGGCCACCAACACCGAGGGGACAGGCACUGACGCUGAGGACACGGCCACCACCGAGGGCACGGCCACCACCGAGGGCACGGCCACCGAGGCGCUGCCACCAGCGGGACACCGCGGGGCUGGGGAGCCGCCGUCCCCGCCGUCCCCGCUGUCCCCGCUGUCCCCUGAGCCCAAUGGGUCCCCGCUGUCCCCGCUGUCCCCGCUGUCCCCUCGCUGUCCCCCCGCGCCCUCGGGUGACAAAAGCCACCCGCACACCCUGGCCCACCUCAAGCGCCACCGCGCCGCCGCCAAAAACCCCAAAAACCGCCCCAAAAACCACCCCGAAAACACCCUCGGGGACAUCGGGGACACCCCUGGGGACACCGGGGACACCCUUGGGGACACCGGGGACACCCCUGGGGACCUUGGGGACAUUGGGGACACGGGGGACAUUGGGGACACCCUUGGGGACACCCUUGGGGACACGCCGCGGCUGCGGCUGACGGCGCCGCCCCCCGAGGCCCCCGCGGAGAAGCAGCGCUGCUGUAGGGUCAUGUGACCCGAUUUUGGGGGUCACGUGACCCGAUUUUUGGGGGUCCCCCCCCAAAUUUUUGGGGUCCCCCCCCCCGGUGUGGCUCCUUGUCCCCAAAACCGGAGGUUUUGUCCCCAAAAGUGGAAAUUUGUCCCCCCAAAAAAAAAAAGGAAUCGGGGUGAAGGUUGGCA